AUGGCGCGCACCAAGCGUGCGUGUGUCCUCGGUGGGGAGGAACAACAGACAAGCGAGCGCGUGGGCAGGGGAACAACAGCCCACGGGGGACGACAGAGGCACGAUGGCCGAGCGCAGCAGGUCGCGCGUGGCGGUGAACGCGCGCGGCACCUUCGCCGAGGACCCGGCCUUCCAGCAGGUCCGCGAGCUGACGGCGGGCGCGCACACGCUCACCGAGGCCAGCUUCUCCGCCGGGCCGGGCGGCUGCAGCAGCGACUCGGGCGCCGACCGCACCCUCGCCAGCUUCAAGGUGUACCAACUGCACACGGCGCCGUUCGUGAUGGUGAUGUGCCACAAGGGCAGCGCCACGGCCCCCCAGGACGCCGUGUCGGUGCGCGACAACCUGGUGCUGGUGCGCACCUCGGCCGACGCCGAGUGCAGCUUCGAGUUCCCGCGCGCCCUCGCGCCCGACGACGUCAAGUGCGAGCUGUCGAGCGACGGCUACCUGGUGGUCACCGUGCCGCAGGAGAUGGUGGCCACGCGCUUCGACUACCACAACGGCUGGGCCCACUGAGGCGCCCGCGCGCGCCCGUGCUUCCUCCUUCCACUCCGCUCAAAUAAACACCCUCGCACCAAUCCCUGCCUGCUCUGUUCUCAUUUCACCCAGGAGUGCGUGAAGCAACUUCAGGUCCAGCUGGUGGCCACACGCUUCGACUACCACAACGGCUGGGCCCACUGAGGCGCCCGCGCGCGCCCUUCCUUCCUCCUUCCACUCCGCUCAAAUAAACACCCUCGCGCCAA